ACACAUAUGUCAGUUCCAGAAACAUCAGUAUUACAAACAGUUGCCAACUUGGAUAGUCUCAUAGCUGUGAUAGAAUGCCAGCAGCCAGAAGCCGACUUAUACAGAUUUAUGGGACGAAUGAUAAUAACUCAACAAAUGGAAGAAAUUGUAAGACCUCUGGGACCAGAGAGUCUCUUGCUUCGUGGAGCCAGAUUAAAAAAUACAAAAGAAAUUUUUGGUGUGGCUGUAUACACUGGAAUGGAAACUAAGAUGGCAUUAAAUUACAAGAGCAAGUCACAGAAACGAUCUGCAGUAGAAAAAUCAAUGAACACAUUUUUAAUAAUUUAUCUAAUAAUCCUUAUUUCUGAGGCCAUCAUUAGUACUAUCUUGAAAUAUACCUGGCAAGCUGAAGAAAAAUGGGAUGAACCUUGGUAUAACCAAAAAACAGAACAUCAAAGAAAUAGUAGUAAGAUCCUGAGAUUUAUUUCUGAUUUCCUUGCUUUUUUGGUACUCUACAAUUUCAUCAUUCCAAUUUCUCUGUAUGUGACAGUUGAAAUGCAGAAAUUUCUUGGAUCAUUUUUUAUUGGCUGGGAUCUUGAUCUGUAUCAUGAAGAGUCAGAUCAAAAAGCUCAAGUCAAUACUUCUGACCUGAAUGAAGAGCUUGGACAGGUGGAAUAUGUGUUUACAGAUAAAACUGGAACACUGACAGAAAAUGAGAUGCAAUUUCGAGAAUGUUCAAUUAAUGGCAUGAAAUACCAAGAAAUCAAUGGUAGACUUGUACCUGAAGGACCAACCCCAGACUCCACAGAAGGAAGCUUACCUUACCUUGGUAGUUUAUCCCAUCUCAACAACUCAGCACAUGUCACAGCCAGUUCUUCUUUUAGAACCAGUCCUGAAAGAGAUACUGAAACAAUCAAAGAACAUGACCUCUUCUUUAAAGCAGUCAGUCUUUGCCAUACUGUACAGAUCAGCAAUGUUCAAACUGAUGGCAUUGGUGAUGGUCCCUGGCAGUCCAACCUAGCACCUACACAGCUGGAGUACUAUGCAUCUUCACCAGAUGAAAAGGCUCUUGUGGAAGCUGCAGCAAGAGCUGGUAUUAUAUUUGUAGGCAUUUCUGAAGAAACUAUGGAAGUUAAAGUACUUGGAAGACUGGAAAGGUACAAAUUGCUUCAUAUUCUGGAAUUUGAUUCAGAUCGUAGAAGAAUGAGUGUAAUUGUUCAGGCACCUUCAGGUGAGAAGCUCUUAUUUGCUAAAGGAGCAGAAUCUUCAAUUCUUCCUAAAUGUAUAGGUGGAGAAAUAGCAAAAACCAGAAUUCAUGUAGAUGAAUUUGCUUUGAAAGGACUGCGGACACUAUGUAUAGCUUAUAGACAGUUUACAACUAAAGAAUAUGAUGAUAUAGAUAAGCGCCUAUUUGAAGCCAGGACUGCCUUGCAGCGACGGGAAGAGAAAUUGGCUGAUGUCUUCCAGUACAUUGAGAAAGACCUGAUAUUACUAGGAGCUACAGCAGUGGAAGACAGACUACAAGAUAAAGUUCGAGAAACUAUUGAAGCAUUGAGAAUGGCUGGUAUCAAAGUAUGGGUACUUACAGGAGACAAACAUGAAACAGCUGUUAGUGUGAGUUUAUCAUGUGGACAUUUUCAUAGAACUAUGAAUAUCCUCGAACUUACCAACCAGAAAUCAGACAGUGGAUGUGCAGAACAAUUGAGGCAACUUGCCAGGAGAAUUACAGAAGACCAUGUGAUUCAGCAUGGGCUGGUAGUAGAUGGGACCAGCUUAUCUCUUGCACUCAGGGAGCAUGAAAAGCUAUUUAUGGAAGUCUGCAGAAACUGUUCAGCUGUAUUAUGUUGUCGUAUGGCACCUUUACAGAAGGCAAAAGUAAUAAGACUGAUAAAAAUCUCACCUGAGAAACCGAUCACAUUGGCUGUUGGUGACGGUGCUAAUGAUGUAAGCAUGAUACAAGAAGCACAUGUUGGCAUAG